CGGACCUGAGAGCAGCUCCGCUUCUGCACCCUGCACAAGGCAGGACAGAGCCGUGUCUCCCCUCAGCUUCUGUGGAGGAUGAGUAAAGAAAGCCGGUCUGUUUUCUAAACUAGACAAGUGUCGCUUUAUUUCUAUCCUUUAAUUCUCGUCGAGGAACUCGCUCUUGCUCGCUGGUUAAACGCAGUCGACCUGCCUUUAGUUACGUGCUGCGGUUAACGUUAGCAUCGGCAGGAACUUUCCAAAACAACGUUAGCUUACGUGCUGUUAAACCCACAGUUUGGUAUUUUGUUCCAACAGCUGUAUUAAAAGGGUCCCACAGUCAUACCACCGUGGAGGUUGUGUUUGCUGACCCUCCGGCAGACCCCCGUAAAGGAUUGCAGCACUGGGAUGAUUUUGAUGGAGUGAGACAUUGCUGUCAAGGGAAAUCUACAAGAAAGCUGACAUCUAGGUUAGGACAAUUGAAGUAGCAACUUGGAAUCUUCUCACCUGCAUUCGAACCCUGAACUGAAUUGAACUGCAUAAUGGAUGGAAUAGACACCUUGCAGAGCUCAGCCCCAGAGACCAAGGCUGAGAGAAUUGCUCGCUAUAAGGCAGAGAGGAGAAGGGAGCUUGCAGAGCGCUAUGGCAACACAGAUGAAUUCACCUCCAAAUAUGUCCGCAGGGACAGGAAAAUUGUCGACACAACCGAAACAGUGUCUUCAGAAGCCAAGGAGAAGGAAAAAUGUGAGGAUAAUGGAUCAGAGCAAACCUAUACCAGGAGGGGCCUCAGAAAUAAAGUUGCAGAACCCGCUGAUGAGCCUGCCCAGGAAAAAGAGGGUACUACUCAGACAGACACAAUUUUGUCCUCUAAAUCAGAAGCUGUCUCCUCCAUUAAGAUGCCCUCUCACUUCAGGCUGGCGGAAACUGAUGACACAGAGGAGCCAAAGGUUGACGAGAAGCCUGAGGAAUCAGCCAAGAGGACUUCCAAGAUGUCUCUUUUUAGGGACAUGGAGGGGGCAGAGGAUGGAAGCAGCGGCCGAUCUGCUGACAGGCUAAAGUGUCAGCUAAUUAGCAACGACGAUGAGGAAUCCUCGACCAGCCUUUCCAAAACUGAUAUAAGCAAGGUAAUGGAUGAGAAAGAGGCCACCGAUGAAGCUGAAGAUGAGUGCGAAUAUGCUGCCACUGAGGAAGAAAAGAAGCCUUCUAGCGUCUACUCUGACAGAGCUCUCCCCCUCAACAAGAACAGAGACGCCUCCCCCCCUCCCUCUCCUCCCUGCCAGCUUGCCUCACUUCAGCGCCAAGACUCAGGGCCACGAGGCAUCAAGGGAAUCUUAAAGAAAAGCCGCUCCACAAGCGUGGAGUCGGACCACAGCGAGGGAUCGACGCAGGACUGCGCACCAGCCCGACAAAGCAGUGUCACUCUCAGCCACCCCGAGAGUGAGGAGGAGAUGGAGGAUGAGGAGGAGGAGGAGGAGAAGGAGGCAGAGGAGAUGGAGGACGAGGAAGAGGAGAUGGAGGAUGAGGCCAAUGGGGAAAAUGAAAGAGAGGAUGGGUCAUUAACUGAUGAUAUCGCAGAUGGAGGGAGCUUCAGCAUCAGCAGACAACAGACGGGGGGAAGCAGCAUUAGCAGUAGAGGGAGCUAUGAGGAGAUGCGGAGUCCCUCGCCUGACGAGAGCCUUGAGCAGAGGUCCACAGUGUCGGAGGAUGUUGAAGACCUGGACAGCAGUUUGAAUGGAAGCCAGGGCUCUUUACUCAAACAAAGACUGGCAGACUUCACUAGCGAUGGUGAGAAGAAGGACAGACUGAAGAAGGCAAAGCCAACCGAGCUGAUCCAGACAUCACUGGCUGAUCGCUUCGGUCAGCUCCAAGAUGCUGAAAAUUCCUGGAGGAAAAAGAAGUCCGGUGUAGAUGUGGAGCCCAAGAUGUCGCUGGUGGAAAGGAUGAAGAUCCUUAAAGACAAGGAGGAGCAGUGGAAAAACAAAGGCAAAGGAGCAGCCAAUGACUCCAUCCAGUUCACUGUGGCUGGACGCAUGGCCAAGAGAGGUCUUGUGUCAGAUACGGGAAAAGAAGAGUCUCCCCUUAUCUCUCUCAAGAAGUCCAAUGCUACACCUGUGAAGCCACACGAAGAAAUCUCCAGUAGAACUGAUGUCAAGGUGGAAGGAGAUAAAAGGCUUGACAAGCUCGAGUCUUUCCUCGACAAGCUCCACAAUAAAGGCGUGAGCAAAAGCAAGACAUCCACCAUCGAGGUGACGGAAGAGAGGGAGAAAGAAGUGAUGACUCUGGAUGAUGAGGAGACAUUCGGCAACUUCUACAAAGCUGUCUCACCCUCGACCCUCCAGGACUCCAGUGUGGUUCUGACGGAGGAGGACCUCAGCCAGAUCCAGGCCGAUACACCAAAGCUCACAUCAGCUGUAGCAGAACACAAGCGAGCAGUCCGACCAGCCAGAAGAAACCAGGGCUCCAGGAACCCCCUGCGGGCUCUGGCUGCCCGCAACGACAUCCGCCAGGUCUACACCGAGCAAAGGCUUAAUGUAGCCACAGUGGAGACCAAGAGGAUCCAAGUGGAGAGGAUGGCAAAACACUCCAGAACAAACCUGGCUGAUGUGGCCUUGGCGGGUCUCGCCAGCAAGGAGAACUUCCGCAAGGUCAACCUGCGCAAUGUGAAGUCCACCGAUGUUGUCACCAACAACAGUGCGCUGCCUUUCAACAAGCUCAUGCUCAUUCGCAUUAAAGGUCGGAGGCAUGUGCAAGUGCGCUUGAUGGAGCCAACAGCCCGCUCUCUAAACAGCGGCGACUGCUUCCUUCUCAUAACGCCAAAACACUGCUUCAUGUGGAGCGGCGAGUUUGCCAACGUUAUUGAGAAAGCCAAGGCGUCAGAGAUGGCGUCGUUUGUUCAGGCCAAGAGGGACCUUGGGUGUAAGGCCCCCCAGGUGACAGUGCUGGAGGAGGGCAUCAACACUGACAGCAGAUGGGCCAGAGAGUUCUGGAGCCUGCUGGGAGGACAGACCCAAUACAGAGGGGCAGGAGAGCCAGAGGAGGAUGAGCUGUAUGAGAGUGGUGUGUUAGACUCUAAUGGUGUGUACAGACUCCAGGGAGACAAACUGGUGCCUCAUGAAGAUGCCUGGGCCUCCAUCCCAAGUGUCUCCUUGCUCAACUCUAAAGAGGUCUUAGUGUUUGAUUUUGGCAGCGAAGUGUAUGUCUGGCAUGGAAAGGAUGUCCCCUUGAGUGACAGAAAGGUUGCUGUGAAACUGGGCAAACAGCUCUACAGCGGCAGCUACGACUACAGCAACUGCAGAGUCAACCCUUUAGAUUCCUCCUGCACGAAUGAGGAUGUGCCUCAGCAGGGGGAUGGUCGUCCGAGCUGGACUCUGUUUGGCCGGCUGUCAGAGCACAAUGAGACGGCCCUGUUCAGAGAGAAGUUCCUGGACUGGGCUGAGAGGAAGAAGGAGGAAGCGGCUCUAGCCGAGGAAGUCAAGAGCCCAGUCCAUUCCACUGAACGCUCCCCAUUUGACUUGGAACUGCAGCCAUGUGACGCCAAGGCGCUGCUGGACAACGAGCCGGAGCCGGUGAAAACCCUUCUCGAGGGGGUGAACGUCCAGCGGGGCCAUGGCCUAGUGAGGGCGGACGAUGGAAGACAGGCAGAGCUGGCGACAGUAGCUGUAGAUGCCUGGCACAUCAAGGAGCACAGCGAGGAGGAACUUCCUGAAGAGAGCCUGGGCCAACUACACCAGGGUGAUGCCUACAUCAUCCGAUGGAAGUACUCCAUCACCACACUCGUGGGGAAGCGACAGAAACCUGGCGAGCUGAGUGCCGGCGCUCCUGGAAGAGAGAGGACUGCUUGUUUUUUCUGGCAAGGCCGUCACUCCAGCGUCAGUGAGAAAGGAACCUCGGCUCUAAUGACAGUGGAGCUGGGUAGCCACAGGGGGUCACAAGUGUUGGUAAGCGAAGGAAAAGAGCCUCCAUGCUUCCUCCAGCUCUUCCAGGGAGGCUUGAUCAUCCACAAGGGCAGUAGAGAAGACAGUGCCAAUAACACAGGUGGCUGGAGGAUGUUCUGCGUCCGUGGCGAGGCAGAGGUGGAGGCCUCGCUGGUGGAGGUAGAUUGCCAGCAUGCCAGCCUGCGCUCUCGUUCCAGCCUGGUGCUUCUCAACGCUCAGAAAGGCCGCCUCUACUUGUGGCACGGCUGUAAAGCACACGCCAGUGCCAGGCAGGUGGCCAAAAGAGCUGCAGACAAAGUAACUCAGAGGUGUCCCUCAGAGUUAGGUCUGAGCAGUGGCAGCAACGUCAAAGUGGAGGAGGUGGAGGAAGGAUCUGAACCCGCAGACUUCACGAAGGCUCUGGGCCUGCAGGACAAGAAGGCAUACGACUGUAUGCUGCAAGAUCCAGGGAAGUACAACUACACCCCCCGGCUGUUCCGGCUGAGUGCCAGCUCCGGGGUGUUCGAAGGAGAGGAGCAGCUGUAUCCAGCCAGGGUGACGGAGGGAGUAAUGGCCAUGCCCUUCCUGCAGGAGAACCUCUACUCUGCACAACAGCCAGCCCUGUUCCUGCUGGAUAACCGGAUGGAGGUGUACCUGUGGCAGGGCUGGCAGCCUGAAGACACGCAGUGCACCGGCUCUGCAAAGAUACGCUGGAACAACGAGAGGAAAUGUGCCAUGGAGACGGUGCUGCAGUACUGCAAAGAGAAGAACCCGCGGCGCCCCCCUCUGGCCUAUCUGGUCCUAGCAGGCUGUGAACCUCUCACCUUCACCAACAUCUUUCCAUACUGGGAGAAGGACGCCAGUAUCGCUUCAAAGAGCUCCAAAAGCAAGGUGAUGUUAGUGAAGGAGGAGUUGUCUAAGCUCAGUAAGCAGCAGUACUCCAUCGAGGAGCUGACCAGGAAACCCCUUCCAGAGGGAGUGGACCCCCUACGCCUGGAGGAUUACCUGUCUGACCAGGACUUCAAGACACUUCUCGAGAUGAGUCGUGUUGAGUUCAACGCCCUGCCAAACUGGAAGCAAAAGAAUCUGAAGAAAAGCAAGGGCCUGUUUUAAAACACAUCACUUUGUACACAAAUCUGUUUUUUUUUUUAUAUAUGUUCUCAGCAGCUUUUCUUACACUUUUUUUAUUACCAGAAAAAAAUGAUGUCCUCACUUUGUAAAGGAUAAAGAAAAGCAAAUGUACAAUUUUGUUCAAACUUUCAAAACUGAUCUAUUUUUCAUAACAGUGCCAUUUUUAAUGUGUCACUGAAAUAUUUUAGCCAACCAUUAUGUGCAAUUGUUAAACUUUUUAAUGAAAUUUUCCUUGUAUGGUUAAAAAUAGUUACCCCCUCCAUUAUAAAUAUGUAAUAUACUAUAAAUGAAUGGAUGUGUUUUUUAUGUUUACCCCAGAUGGUGUCAAUUUCCGUGCAAGUGUGUUUGUAUAAAAAUUGCCUGCGGUUUUAAAAUUGAGGGAAUUACUCUUCGAUUUUUAUAUGUCAUGGAUAAACCCAGCUCUGUGUAAUGGGAUUAAAUUGUUCAGCAAAAAUGUCUCCACUUAGAGGUUGACAAAGAAAAGAAGCAAAACAAAUCAAAGUUCAGAGUAAAAAAUCCAUGCAAUUUGUGGUCGUUUGAAAGAAACGUGGCGGUCUUUUGUAUUGGGGAUUGUAUUCUAGACAUCUGACUCGGCUCGUGCUGUAAUUGUAACAGCAAAAAUGUUCAGUUUUUAUCUUUUACUUUUGUAUUGUAACAGAUGUGUGUGCAGAGGUGGGUGUGACAAAGUGAACUUCAAAAGCCCAAAGAAAAUUGAAGCGUGAAACUCAGAUUUUAAAACCAUUACAUUCGUCACUGAAACUGACCCAUAAUAUUUUUCAAGUUCGGUACUGAAUACUUCCUGGUUCUUAUGAACAACUGCCUGUGUACCAGUCACAGCAGCCCUCUGAUCAACUGGUUGUUUGGGACCAAAUCGGAUCUUCUUUGUGUGUGUGUGUGUGUGUGUGUGUGUGUGUGUGUGUGUGUGUGUGUGUGUGUGUGUGUGUGUGUGUGUGUGUGUGUGUGUGUGUGUGUGUGUGUGUGUGUGUGUGUGUGUGUGUGUGUGUGUGUGUGUGUGUGUGUGUGUGACUUUAAAAAGUAUUAAGCGUGUGUGGGGAAUGUAAGAGAGACAGCGAGAGAGUAACUGUGCUGUAUAAACUGCCUUUAUAGCUGUAGCUGACGCCACAAAUGUACUGCAAAAACGUGUGCGUGUUAUGUGUUAAACAUACUGUUAAUAUGACUGCCUGCGAUGCCUGAAUUACGAAGUUCCCUGCAUGAUGUCCACCAAAAAAAAAAGUUUUGCUUAACAGACGUGUAUUAAUUUGUUUUUGUUGUGAUACUUAAGAUCUGCCUUGUACGUGGAGACCAGCCUCCAGGCCAGACUUUAUUUCAUGGCACAUAAAAGUAAAACGUUGGUGGUGGGGAAGAUGAGCUAUUAAUGCUCAACUUUCCAUUUUAAAUAAAGUAUUUUUAAAAAUG